AUGUUAAUCACAGGGCUUGUGGGUGCUUGUGGAAUCUGGGUUCUUCGUAACCUUUUAAAAACUUACUUGUUUGUUGAGGCACAGAGUAUCGCAGAUCCUGAAACAGACAUUAAACGACGGAACAGACUAAAUGGUGGACUAACAGAGAAAAUUCAGUUCUGGAUCCUAACAGUGGUUCUUUCAGUUGUGGGGUCUCGCGUUGCAUCACUGGUAGUUUUAGAGUUCUCUCUUAGAGCCAUUUCAGCAAGGAUCACAGGAGGAUCAGACUCAAUAAUUGACCCAUUGUUACUGAUGCUUGUCCAGUGCCAGUUCUCCUUGGGCUGCGCAUUAACCUGCAGCCUUAAUUUCCUCCAUGAGGGGGCACCGCAAGGCUGGCUAAGCCUCCUCCUUGCAGUUGGACUGAGCUGGUUCUUGGCAAGCCGGUGCAGCAGAGUAUGGCGACAUGUAAAUACAAUGUAUCCAAUACAUAGUACACAGCGCUAUUGUGGACUUUGCAUUGGACUAUUAACCACUGGCAGUUCUAUAUUAACCUGGCUCUGCAGUGCCCUAAUUAUAACUUUUAGUGUAUCUGGAAUUGCUGCUAUAUCAAACAUAAACCAACACUUUCUAUCAACCACUGAGGCUCUGAGAUUUUGGACCCCACUCACAAUCUGCUACACUCUGCUGGUUGUGUACAUGAAUGAGGAUCGACAUCAUCCGCCUGGCCAGCAGAUUCUCAAUACAGUUGUUGUGCGACUGGGUGGGCUUUUUGUGUUACUGAUUACAGUGGGCAGCUGGUCAGAUGUACUCCAUGUUCUAAUCUGCUUCACUGGUGAAGCUGCAUGCCUGUUUACAUCUCAAGACCUUUUGGAAGCCAUAUAUCAGGUUAGAAAUAAUAAUUGAUUGCAUUUGCUUAUCUCUUCAUCUGAUCCCCAAGGCAUUCAGUAGAUAA